AUGUUCCUGCGGAGGCCGCGGGCCCUGGCCGCCUGGCUAGCGGGCGCGGCGGCGGCGGGACGCGCGGGGGCGCGGGGCGGGGGCCUGCUAGCCCUGCUGGCCAAUCAGUGCCGCUUCGUGACGGGCCUGCGUGUGCGGCGCGCGCAGCAGAUCGCGCAGCUGUACGGCCGCCUCUACUCGGAGACCUCGCGCCGCGUCCUUCUCGGCCGCCUCUGGCGCCGGCUGCGCGGCCGCCCCGGCCAUGCCUCUGCCUUGAUGGCGGCGCUCGCUGGCGCGUUCGUGUGGGACGAGGAGAGGAUCCAGGAGGAGGAGUUGCAGAGAUCCAUUGAUGAGAUGAAGCGGUUGGAGGAAAUGUCACAUGUGUUUCAGCGCUCUGGAGUUGAACGCCACCCUUCAGAACCAAAAUCCCAGACAGAAGGGAAUGAAGAUUUAGGGGGCAAAGAGCAGCCAUGGGAAAUGGUGAUGGAUAAGAAACACUUUAAGCUGUGGCGGCGCCCUAUUACAGGCACUCACCUUUACCAGUACAGAGUUUUUGGAACCUACACAGAUGUGACACCCCGGCAGUUCUUCAACGUUCAGCUGGAUACAGAGUAUAGAAAAAAGUGGGAUGCCCUGGUAAUCAAGCUGGAAGUGAUUGAGAGGGAUGUGGUUAGUGGUUCUGAGGUUCUUCACUGGGUAACCCAUUUUCCUUAUCCAAUGUAUUCCCGGGAUUAUGUUUAUGUUCGACGGUAUAGCGUGGAUCAGGAAAACAACGUGAUGGUGUUGGUGUCACGUGCUGUGGAGCACCCUAGUGUUCCAGAGUCUCCAGAAUUUGUAAGGGUCAGAUCGUAUGAAUCCCAGAUGGUUAUCCGUCCCCACAAGUCAUUUGAUGAGAAUGGCUUUGACUACUUGUUGACCUACAGUGACAAUCCCCAGACUGUGUUUCCUCGCUACUGCGUUAGUUGGAUGGUUUCCAGUGGCAUGCCAGAUUUCCUGGAGAAGCUGCACAUGGCCACUCUGAAAGCCAAGAACAUGGAGAUCAAAGUAAAGGACUAUAUCUCAUCUAAGCCUCUGGAAACGGGUAGUGAAGCCAAGGCUACCACCCCGUCUUCAGAGCGGAAGAAUGAGGGUAGUUGUGGCCCUGCCCGGAUCGAGUACGCUUGAAGGGUUUUGGGAUAAGAAGGGACAGGCUGCUUUUAGCCCUGUCUCAGUUCCUUAUCUGCUACAGAAUGGGGACAUGUAUUAGAAAGCGUCUGCUGUAACCACCAGUGCAGGAUGACUCAAUAACUGGUGUCCGAUUUCAUUCAGAGCCCUUACUGCUCUUUAUCAAAACAGGAGGAAUCAUCCAUGAGGGCGUUGUCAUAUUCUCAGGCCCAGCAUUUUGAAAUUCAGUAUUUCAUUGAGCUAAUCUGGAACAAACCUCUCACCUCAGGCCAGAAGGGGACAACUUCUUUUCGCUUCCUGAGUAGUUUCCUCUGCCAACAUUCCAGUUCUCACCAUCGGUUCUGCAGCGCUUUGGAUUUCCUUCAGUUCUGAAGGUCCAGCUGGAAAGUACAGUUGGCCAGUUGAGUCUUCAAUGAGGGGUCAUUGGGAGUGCUCUUGGUAACAGUCCUAGUGUUGAAUGGAUGUGAACUAUUGCUUGGCAGUGUAAGUGCCUUGUCCUCACCCUGCUUCUAUCUUUAGGGACAUCAAGUUUGUACCAAGGAAUUUCUGCCUCCCAAAUACCACCCCAUUGACUCGCCAUCCCCCAAAGCAGUUUCCUUUUCAUUGACCAGUUCUUCUCUAUUCAUGCCCUAUAUUAAUUUUGAUAGGGUCAAUGGUGAUGCUCAAAAUAUCACACUUUAGGUUUGGGGUUUUUUUUUUUUGUUUUUUUUUUUUUAACCUUUGUGUCAAAACGUAGGAAUUGGGAACUUGAGUAGGAUUUCUCCAUAGUCCUACUGUAUAGAAAACACCAUUUUGAUUCAGGCAUUAUUUUUCACACUUCAGGUUUGACUGGAUGCUGAGGACUUGUCCAUCUUGGAAGGCUAAAGGCAGAGGAAUGGGGGUUGGGCCACUCCCUUGGAGCUCUCAGAGCUGUAGACAAGCUGUGUGAAGAAAUAGAUGUAAUCUUGCCCCAAAUACUGAUAUAAUGGGGAUGUGGUUUAUGUGACCCUUUUGUUCCUCUGCAAAGUUUUUCCUCCUCUUUUCAGAGUUAAAACGAAAGCAAACUACACUGUUUGGGUAAAGUCACAAUCAGAUGGUAUCAGUUUGGCCUGGCUGAUUUUGCUUAUGGUCCUGCUGCAAUCUGACAGAAUAGGGAUCAAGUUUUAAAUACUCCCUUCUCUUUUUUCCGUAGAAUUUAAACGGCUGGAUUUUCCCCUUUUUUCCUAUUUGGCUACCCUUUUGUGUUGUUGAAAAGGGGAUCUAAGCCUCAGAUUGACUCAAACCUCUGGACAUUUUUGUUGCCUGUUAAGUUUUGUGCCAAGGAAAUAACUGCCCCCGUGUUUCAUGUCUUGCCUUCUCUGAGUCAUUGGCAGAACAGAGAGAUGUGUUGAGUAUCUCCAGCUUCUUUUCGUUGAUCAUUUCUCUCUUCUCAUCCCCAGGACUUCACAGAAGCCAGGGAAAAGCUCCCUGGGCUAUGUCUGAACUUAGCGCCUGUGAUUGUUGGGGCAUGGAUGGUGGUGUGGGCAAGAGUGUGUGAGUGCACAGGUGUUAAGGAGCUACAUGUUGCUCAUGUUCCUAUUUUUGGCAACUUGACCCUAUACUUGGGGUCAGUCUGUACAGUUACUUAUGUCAUUGUAAUGAUUUCACUUCUAACUGUGACAUUUUUAUCAAAUGUGUGAAUAAAUAUAUAAAGAUUGGUACAAGAGUGUUUGUCUUUGGACAUGUGGUGGUGGGAAAUCUUGUGUAUUGGGCUUAUGGUUUCUUCCUGAUCAGAAAGUUGGAGUGUUUCUACUUAGGGUUGGCACAUGGAAGCAGCAAGGUGUGGUCUGGGUAGGGGCUAACACAGAGCUAACCACCUUGCCUUGAUUAUGAGCCCUUUCCAGGUAGCCAGUUUGGCAAAUGAAAACAAACCACCUGUUUCCACUUCGUUGUCUUGAUCUACUCACCAUCUCCUUUGCUUUUAAGGAAGGAUCAACUUGAGGAAACAGUGUUUGAGCUUUGCUGACAGUGAAACUUGGGAGGGAGCAAGGAAAGGAGGAAAGGAUUUGAGGAAGCCAGGUUUAGUGCGGGAAGCAGACCGGGACUUUGGCUGGAGAGGGAGGGUGGUGAGUUCAAACCCCACUUGGCCUGGUGGGAAGUAGGGUCACACAAGCAGUUCUGCUAGAGUGUAAAUUUGUUGCAAGGCGAUGGAUAGAUCGGAGACACUUAAGAGCGUAACGUGAACUUUGAGUUUAUGUGUGAUUCUGCCUGUGGGAAACACUACGUGAACACAAAUGUACACCUGAAACAUUAAGGCUCUUUUCUCCAAAUUUUUCGGAGAUAAUCACUGGAAAGCCAUCCCUGCUUGUAGACUACUUGUUAGGUGUUGUAUGCUUAUGGGUGCACAUGUGUUUUUAUAAUCAGUUUGGAGAGUUGGUGACUCUGGCCUCCGCCCUGCUGCAGAGGCCCCUACACGUGGCAUCCUUGACAUCGUUCUCCAGAUUCUGCAUUAACACUUCCACUGAGAAGCAUUUGAGUUCUUACAGAAAGCAACAUUUCCAUUGUUGGACAGUUCUAGCUUUCAGGAAGUCCUUUAUGUUGAGACUAAAUGUGCCACCUCAGCGUCUACCAGAAUCAGUGGGUCAAGCCCUGUCUUUGGAACAACACAAGGAAAACAUUUCCAUGGGAUAGUACUUCACAUUCUUGAAGACAGUGCUCAUGUGACCUUUACCCUUCCCCAGGUUUUCUGUUGCUAGCAGCUUCAAAAAUCCUUCCAACUCUUUAUUAUGAAAAUGUUUGAAAAAUUGAAAAAUAAUAAAACUUUGUAUGCCCUCCCCCUACCUUUGCUGGUUGUUAACUUAUUAUGGUGUGUGCUUUGUCUUUAUAUAUAAAUACACUUUGCUGUGGACUGAACUGUCUCCCUAAAAUUCACAUGCUGAAAGUCCUUAUACCCAAUGUGAUAGUAUUGGAAAUGGGGCCUUUGGGAGGUGAUUUGAAUGAGAUGAGGUCAUGAGGGUGGAACCCUCCAUGAACGGAUCUGUCCCCUUAUGAGAAGAGACCCCAAAGGUUUGCUUGUUCUCCCCUUCCACCGUUGUGCAGACAACAAGGUAGCCUGGCAAGCUAGGGGAGAGUGUUCUCACCAGGAACAGGAUUGGCCAGCAUCUUGAGCUUGGACUUUUAACCUGCAUAACUGUAAGAAAUAAAGUUCUGUUGUUUAAGCUA